AUGCCUCACAGUUAUGGUUACAGGGCGCGUACUCGGCACAUGUUUGCCAAGCAGUUCCGCAAGCACGGUCAGGUGCAGGUGAGCCGCUACCUGCGCCCGUUCCAUGCUGGCGACAUUGUCGACAUUGUCGCUGACUCGGCGGAGCAGAAGGGUAUGCCGCACAAGUACUACCAGGGCCGCACUGGUGUUGUGUACGGUGUCUUCCCGCGUGCUGUCGGUGUGAUUGUGUACAAGACCGUCGGCAACCGCAAGAUUGAGAAGCGUGUCAACCUCCGUGUUGAGCACGUCCGUCACUCGAAGUGCCGUGACGACUUCCUGAACCGUGUGAAGGCCAACGCUGCCGCUAAGCACGCUGCGAAGGAGAAGGGUGAGCACGUGGACCUCAAGCGCCAGCCUGCUCAGCCGCGUGAGGCUCACACUCUGUCGGUGGGCGGCAACAAGCCGGUGACCCUGGCCCCGCUGCCGUACGACACGUACAUCUAA